GCAAUAUUCGGUUCGGAUCCGAAUAAAGUUGGAUAUGAAAAUUCCGAAUCCGAUUUAAAUACCCGAUACUGACAAGUAUUCGGGUCGGAUCCUAUUGUUAUUUUGUCACCCUUCUCCUUCGGCUUCCAAUUCGAAUCCACCCGGCUGCUUCGACCCCUCUCUCGUUGGCUCGUUCGUCGUUUCUCGUGAUUUCUAAAUUCGAAUUUCAUUUCCUUCGUCGUCUUCUUCGGUGCCAAAGUCUUCCUCUUCCUCUUCCGUUUCGUCGGAGUGCUCGUUUGAAGCGGUUAUAUAUUUUCCUUGUUGGCGUUUGUCAGUACCUGCGAGCUCGGGAGCUUUUCAAAACACUAAAUAGGAUUGAGAUAACCCAAAAAUGGCUGAGAAGUUGGCGCCAGAGAAAAGGCAUAGUUUCACUCACAAUGGUCAGAAGGUGUUUGAGUGGGAUCAAACUUUGGAAGAGGUGAACAUGUACAUAACCCUACCACCAAAUGUUCCGAAGAAGCUAUUUUACUGUAAAAUUGAUUCAAAGCAUGUAGAAGUUGGGAUCAAAGGCAACCCUCCCUAUCUUAAUCAUGACCUGGCCUCUCCGGUGAAGACAGACUCUUCAUUUUGGACUCUUGAAGAUGAUAUAAUGCACAUAACCUUGCAGAAGAGGGACAAAGGUCAGACAUGGUCCUCGCCCAUAAUGGGUCAAGGCCAAUUGGAUCCUUAUACGUCGGAUCUUGAGCAAAAGCGCCUCAUGCUUCAACGGUUUCAGGAGGAGAACCCGGGGUUCGACUUCUCCCAAGCUCAAUUCUCCGGCAACUGUCCUGACCCGAGGAGCUUCAUGGGAGGAAUCCAUUAGUCGCCGUGUUUCUUCUGCAGUCUAAAAAGAGAUUUGCACCGAAGAACGGUAUGUAUGUCAUCUAAUAUUACCUAUAUCCUCCUACCAUGAAUUUCUGUGUUCAGUUUCUUUGCUCGAUUCUUGCCUGAAUAAUGUGUAGAUUCUCUUGUGUUUUGGAUUUGAAUUUGAUGUUUGGAAAUAGUUCAAAAUUUGCAGGUCUAGUUUUUGGAAUCUUAAAUUAUUGAAUUUGAAUGGUAAAAUUGUAGUAA